UUCUAUACAGUUCCAGAUAUAAUACUUUGUACCAAAAUAACUAUAGUCUAUAAUAGUUAUACUAUUACGUUAGUUACAUUUUUAUUUUUUAAUCUAUGUUUACUAAUCCAAUCUAUAAUAGGUAUUGUUGAUUUAGCUACCUAUCCUUUUAGAAUUUUAUUGAAGUGUCCAUAACCAAUUUGAUCAUUAAAGUAUUUUCGUUAUAGUACUUAUGCCAUUCUUUUUACUUUUAUGUAUAUUACCAACAAAUUUAAUAAAAUAUGUCUGUUGUGUCGUUUAUGUCCAAUUGCUAAUUUUGCCUGCCGUAUUUCUACGGCAGUCAUGCAAAAUAAACAAUUUUCAGGCUUCAACAUGAAGGAUUACAUGAAUUAUAUUAGACCUUUUGUGCACUAUGAAAAUAAUACCAAAUACAAGUCUUUUAAUUUUAGUUUGUUAUCAUAUAAUGUACUGGCUCAAGAGUUACUAGAAAAAAACGCAUUUUUAUAUGAUUGGUCAGAUGUGCGUGUGUUGGAAUGGAACUAUCGAAGACAACUUUUGUUAAACGAAAUUAAACGAUUUAAUGCAGAUAUAAUUUGUUUUCAAGAAGUUCAGGAAUCUCAUUUGAGUUGGUUCUUUAAGAAAUUAUCAGAUUUAGGAUAUAAUGGUGUCUAUAAAAAACGUACUCAUGUUCAUUCUGAUGGAUGUGCAAUAUACUACAAAAAUGACAAAUUUACAUUAAAAGAAAAGGUCACUGUAGAAUACAACCAACCUGGAGUGAAUGUAUUAGAUCGAGACAAUGUUGGUAUUGUGUUGAGAUUGUCACCCCGUCAAUAUGAUGAAGAAAAUAUAAUUGUUUCAACUACACAUAUUUUGUACAACAAAAAAAGACAUGAUAUUAAGUUGGCCCAAGUUCAUUUAUUACUUGCUGAAAUUGAGCGUGUUUCUUAUAAAGGAGUUGGUGAUCGUAAUAUUCCUGAAUACUAUCCAAUAAUAUUGACUGGAGAUUUUAACUUGGAACCCAAUACUGCUGUGUAUGAUUUUUUAAUCAAUGGUGCUUUAUAUUAUAGUAAUUUACAAAAACCAACCCUUUGGUCUCAAAAUAAUCAAAGUGGAAGAAGUGACAUGGGAAAUGAACUUAUUCCCAAGAGUUUAGGCAUCACUGAAUAUAGUCAGCAUUCAGAUAUUUUAGAAUUAAGAAAAAAAAAUAAUAAUAAGCGACAAAUUAAUGACGGUCUUUAUUCAAAGCUGUAUCAUAGUGAAAGAAAAAAUGAUCAAUUAUUAUCAUCAUCUUUGCCAGAAUUCAAAUCUGGUACUGGAAAUGUGUAUCAUAACCUUAAGUUUUCUUCUGUAUACAAUAACAAUAUAAGCUGUUCUACAUAUCAUGACCGAUGGACGAUUGUAGAUUACAUAUUUUACACCAAUAAAAAUUUAAAACUGAGAACAUUAAUGAAGCUUCCAAAUGUUGCUGAAUGCCAGCCAAUAGUAGCUAUGCCAAACAAAGUAUCUCCGUCUGAUCAUCUACCAUUGUUUGCUAAAUUUAGCUAUCAAAUAAAAUAAUAUUUAUAGUAAUAGAUCUUCAAUGUGAUAUUGUUAUUAUAUUUUAUUAAUAUAUAUGAUCCUUAAAUUUA